AUGGGCGCAGGACCUAGCACCUUGCAAGGCCACGAGAAAGUGCUCGCGACUGACAUCGUAGGCGACGAAUUCCCCUCCGGAGCAAGCUUCUUCCUCACGAACGGAGCCAGCGAUUUCAAACAUUGUCUCGCCGUGGAGCUGAACGGCAACUCAAAAUGUAAAGCCCUCAAGGACUCGCCCGACCGAAAAUGGAUCGCUGAAUAUGCUGGCAACGAUCGAUCCAAGAUAGCUUUCAAGAAUGUCGGCACAGGGAAGUACCUGUGUAUAGCGAAUGCCGCAUGGUCUAGCCAGACAAUGGCCUAUGGUGGCCCUGUCUAUCUGUACAUAUAUAAGACCGCAAAGGACAACACUUUCUGGUUAAGCACACCGCAGAGCCCGGACUGCUUCUUGUGUGCCUGGGAUAAUGUUCCCGACAUUGGCAAGGACGUUUGUAACUUUACCACUAGACACGGGAAGGGCUACGGCAAAGGGGUGGAGUUCUACAACGAGAACAAUGCAGCUCUAAGCUGGCAGCUGGAAUGGACACCCGAGUAUCAGAAACUCAAGGAGGCCACACCUGAGGGGCAGGCAGCUUCCGAGAAGCGCAAAGCUGUAGCAUUGCAAGAACCCAAGGCCGAGCAAGGCGUCUGCUGUGAUAAAUGCGGCGACAAGUGCCAAGUGUAUCAAGAAGCGUUCGCGGAGCUCGAACAGUUCAAAGGCCAGUACGGCGAUUGCAAGACUGCCAUGGCCGAGCUCCACGAUCGUGAGACGCAGCUCGAGCAGGCUCAGCAAGAUGCGCAAUAUAAGGACGUUGCGCAGAAAUCGCAAUUCAAGGAGUUGUUGGAACGAGAAGCGGAAUUGGAGAAGAAGCAGAACGAGCAAAAGGAACGCGAAAAGGAUCUGGCACGUAAAGAAGUUGCCAUAAAGCAGCAGGAGAUUGAGAUGCAGAAGCGUGAUCAAGAUCUUGACGCUCGCAAAAACGCUGUUCUUAAAGACGAAGCGCGUGCCAGACCUGCCCAAGCUGAUAAGGCUGCCAUCAAGAAGAGGCAGGAUGAGCAAGCGGCGCAUGCAAAGGAAGUGCAGAAAAAGAGUGAACAAGUGCAACAGGCGCGGCAGAAAGAGCAGGCAGAGCUUGCAAAGGUGAAGGCAGAGAAUGCCAAACUGCAGGACAGUGUUUCGAAACUGAAGAAAAAGGAUGCGCAGUCGUCCGGCGACUCCCAGGGCAGCGCGAAUCCUGCUGCCGACAUGGAGAAGGCCAGAUUACAAGCAGACCUGCAACAUGCCUUGGACAUGCUUGCCGAGAUGCAGCAGAAAGUGGAUCAGAAACCAGCUCCGGCUGUGUCAUCGGCGAGCUAUGGAUUCUCCAUUCCUCCACCGGUAGCGAGGAUGCCGCCAUCGACGCUAGGGCGGCCAUUGACGAGAAUGCCAGAGUUCACGACCAGUCCUCCUGCGCAGCAGAUGCCUGAAUUUGUGAUGAAGCAUCAGAUCGAGCAGCCCAAGAAUACCUUGCCGCAGAUGCUCGCCACGGGCCUUGGUAGGUCGGUUGCGAAGCGCGAGACUGCGCAGGCGAGUUGA